GACUCGCGUUGUGUUGUAGGUUGUAGUUGUACCAAGUUGUACACAACGUGCAAAUUAUUGGUUACGUUUCUUUAAAAAGAGUACAAGAAUAAGAAUACGUGUUGUGGUAACGAUUAAUAGGAAACCUGCGAUUCGCGAUCGACCAAAUGGACCCUGCCGAGGACUGGAGUGGCAACUGCCAGCUGUCAUCAGACAACGAAAUACGAGAAAGCAAAAGUCAGAAAGUUAACCAAGUCAUACCUGGAUACCCUAAUUUUGAUGCUUAUCUGCAGCAUGCGUUCGAUGCUAUAAGAACUGGGAUUAAAGCUGCCAAUAACUUACCGAUCGGAUCGAACUAUAGUUAUUAUUCGUGCUUUCCCAGUUUCCUUAACGCCAAAGAUGAAAACGUCAAAUUGACAUUAAACGUUAUGCAACACGUGUUAGGAACGGUGGGAAUUAAAAAUAAAAUAUCGCAUCGUAGUAUAGAAGAAAAGUUUGAUCUUUUAUUGGAAACGAACGACAUACUCUUGGAUAGAGCCAAUGCACUAAUGGACAAGGAAUGUGGUAUUACUAAAAAUUCUGAAGUAGAAUUAGUGGUAACGCAUACCAAACAACAAAGUAUCAAUGGUAGUUGGAACAGACAAACGUAUGACGCGCCCCAGACUUCCGAUAGUACACAAUCGGUGCGGUUACUCGCAGGAAAAAAUGUUCAUAGACCUCAGCUAGCGUUUAAAGAUAAAAUUGACAAUAGCUCUAAACCUUGGUAUCCUAGGAUCAAGGAUAAACCAAAUUCUUUAAAACCGUUAGCUAUUUAUUUGGAGGAGACUGAAAACGGAGAAGUGUUCAAUCACCCGUACGAAUACGAGUUAAACAUGUUUACACCUUCCGACGACCGAUUACAGAAAUCCGAACCAGCAAAGUAUAAAUCUUUGGAAGAAACGCCAUUAAUAAUUAUUGAAAAUUCAUCCGAUAUUAAAUUGCUACUCAAAGAUCUAAAACGGUAUAAAGAGAUUGCGGUAGAUUUGGAACAUCAUUCCUAUAGAAGUUUCCAAGGAAUAACUUGCUUAAUGCAAAUUUCAACGGGAGAUAGUGAUUAUUUGAUAGAUACGUUAUCGUUGCGAUCGGAAUUACACGAAUUAAAUGAAAUCUUUACCAAUCGUGCGAUUCUAAAAGUAUUUCACGGAGCCGAUUUAGACAUUCAAUGGCUUCAAAGAGAUCUAUCUCUCUAUGUAGUAAAUAUGUUUGACACUCAUCAAGCCGCCAAACAGUUAAAUUUGCCGUAUUUAAGUUUAGCGUACUUAUUGAAAAAAUAUUGUAACAUAGAUCCCAAUAAACGUUAUCAACUGGCCGAUUGGCGUAUUAGACCGUUGCCGGAUGAACUUCAAAAAUAUGCUAGAGAAGAUACGCAUUAUUUACUGUACAUAAAGGACAUUCUAAAAAAUGCUUUAAUAGAUAUCGCUGAUGGACAGUCGAAUAUCUUAAAAGCUGUUUACAACAGGAGUACGGAUAUUUGUAAAAAAACUUAUGUAAAACCGGUGUGGACCGAGGAAAGCUGUCUAAAUAUGUACAGAAAGACUCACAAAAUGUUUAAUAAUAAACAGUUGUACGCUUUAAGAGAAUUACAUAAAUGGAGAGAUCUGACAGCCAGAGAAGAAGACGACAGUACCGCUUACGUUUUGCCAAAUCAUAUGCUUUUGAAUAUAGCUGAAACGUUACCUCGCGAAAUGCAAGGAAUUUUGGCAUGCUGCAAUCCUAUACCUCCCUUGGUUCGACAAAAUUUAUUAAAAAUACACAAAAUAAUAUUAAUGGCUAGGGAACAACCCCUUAUUAAACCUGUUCUCGAAGAUCUCAGACAAAGAUUAACUCACAGAAAUCAUAUUACGAAUUCGGAAACAUGGAUGUACUGUCCUCAUGACAUUCCGAGCGGCAUGGAAGCAAGAGCCGAUUUACCGUGUUUGUUAAACGAAGAUAAUGUAUUGGAAACAUCGAUUUUGGAUACUCUCGCGAAACAUACGGUAACGGUGUUCGACAGUCCAGUUCCAUCCGAGGAUGAGGAAACAACAAAUGAUGAACAGAAGAAUGUUAAAAAGAAAAAGUUUAUCUUUGUUAGCCCGUUUGAACGAUACAAACGUGUUAUACCUAUGAUAGCAGAAGAAGAAGCGCAAGAAAGGGAGCGGCUGAAGCAGGAAGAAGAUCGUAAGAAUAAAACCAAGACAGAAGCGGAAGAAAUAGCUGAGAGUAAAAAUAGAGUUUACAAACAUUUUAAACAAGUUGCUCGAGUUGAGGCAGACGGAAUCGUAACAACGCCCUCAAAGAAAUCGUCGCAAAUUUCUUUGGGCCAAAUGCAAGGACGAAAAAGAAAACGAGACUCCGAUAUUAAUAAACAAAAUGAAACACGAGAAAAAAUUAAUGACGAUUUAUUAACGCCAGCUCCAUCGUUGACGACUAAAAUUGUCCAAAGCACAAAGAGGGAACCAGACGAUGCUGAAAGUUUAGUAGAUGAAGAAAGGAAAAAAGAUAGUCUAGCAAGAAUUCAAGAGCAAGUUCCGGAAGAUGAUACUAUUAAUGCAAUACGGAUUCAAAGAAAGAAAGGAGAAAAACAAUGUGUAAUUAACGAAUUACAAAGAAAAGGUCUAAUGCCAACGAAAGAUUUCAAUUAUGAAGCGGUAGAUUUUAGUAGUUUCCAAGGAGGUAGCAAAAAUGUAUCUAACCAAGUAAACUUCAAACAAACAAUGAAAAAGCAAAAAGAGAAGAAACGGAAACGGAAGAAGCAAAAAUUAAAUAUAUAAAUUGUAAUAUACUUGAACUGCAGCUUGAUAGUAUUUAUGUAAAAGCAUAUUAUACUUUCAUACUACAUAAAUAGAUCUAAUACAAUUUUGUAUGUAUGAUAAAAAUUCAUAAAUCAUACGCAAACCUAUAUUUCCUGUUAUACUAUAUACAAAUAGCAUGUAACUGUAACCAAAAUUGUUAUUAUAAUUAUAUAUUUUGAAUAAAAACAAAGUAGGUACGUGCGUACCAAUUACAAGUAAACUUA